AUGACUGAAGUGAUCGGGUAUGGGGAGUUCACCAGCUUUGCUCUUCACAGAAGACUAAAAGUGAACUCCCUGAAAUUGACUAAUUGGUUGAAAGCGUACCGACCAAUCACCAAGGCUGGAUCUGCAUAUUCAUAUACCUACAUUGCUAGUGGAGAGUUUCUAGCCUUUAUAAUCGGAUGGUCGGUGAUCCUAGAAUAUGUUCUUUCUGUGGCCAGUGUUGCUCGUGGUUGGAGUGCAACGAUCGAUGCUAUGUCGCAGUCAAAAAUUAGUAAUGGAACUAUGUCUGUCUUUGGAAGAUUCCCUGAAAAUGCUGAAUUCCUGGGGCAAUAUCCGGAUCUACUUGGGGCAGGAACUGUACUCAUUCUAGGUCUGAUUCUCAGUUUUGGAGCAAAGUUAUCAGCUCAUGUCAACUCAGUAAUGACUAUACUCAAUGUCAGUGUUCUUGUUCUGAUCACGAUACUUAUGUAUGCCCAACCGAAUACGGCUUUACAUGGAAUUGCACCCGAAUCCCAUGGAGGAUUCUUUCCAUAUGGGGUAGGAGGAAUGAUUUCAGGUGCAGGAACUUGUUUCUACGCCUUUAUUGGAUUUGAUGCGAUCACUGUGAGCAGUGAGGAGGCGGUUAAUCCCAAACGGUCGAUUCCCAUAGCAACCGCUGCAUCGGUGAGCAUUGUGAGCCUGAUUUUCGUGCUAGCCUCAUCAGCUCUUCUACUUUUCGUGCCUUGGUGGACAAUAGAUAGACAAGCGGCAUUCACAGCGGCAAUACGGUCCCGACAAAUCACCUGGGCUACGUAUGUAGCUGGUAUUGGAUCUCUAUUGGGCAUUGGGGCUAGUUUAUUCACUAGCCUAUAUGCAAUGCCUCGUAUUGUCUAUGCGAUGGCGGCUGAUCGAUUACUUCCUGGAUGGAUUGGUUAUGUGUUACCCACAACCAAGGUGCCCAUUGUUGCCAUGGGAAUCUUUGGAGGCUUGGCGGCUAUCUUAACUCUUCUCUGCGACAUUCAUACCUUGACGGAGUUUCUCAGUAUCGGCACCCUCAUUGCUUUCACAAUUGUCUGUAUGAAUGUCUGCAUUCUCCGUUACUGCAACUCUGACCAAGAAGGAGAUACGAAAGCAAGUUCAAAUAUACCGACACUUAUGGAUGAUGUAAGUGGCGAAGACAAUAUAUUCCAUCUAUCCAAAUCGGAGGAAGGAGUCUACGAAAUGAAUGCUGCGGAAUUCUCAACUCAAUGGCCAGUGGGCUCUAUUAAACCUCGAUUUCGUAGACUAGCAACAGCACUCCACUUAUCAUCAGUUUCAGCUUCUAAUCCUGGCUGGGCUCCGGUUGUUGCUUUAGUAGUAUAUGUAGCUGGGGCUUUGGGGGUUGCAGCAGUUGCUCUAGCAGGAUCAGAAUAUCUCGUGGCUGGCGCUUGGUGGUCCGUUAUCCUUACUAUUAUUUUCGUAUUCGUUGCCAUCUCUGCAGUAUUUGUUAUGGCCAUCCAUGUUCAGAACACUUCCUUCGAUUCAUUCAAGGUUCCUUUUGUUCCGUUUGUCCCAUGUCUGAGCAUCUUCUUGAAUAUGUGUCUUAUCGUCAAAUUAUCCUUAAUGACUUGGGCACGACUCAUCAUUUGGACAGCUGCUGGUUUGAUCAUCUACUUCAGUUAUGGUUGGUGGCACAGCAGAGAGGCGAACACCUCGGGAGAAUUCGACCCUCUGGUUCAGACAUCUUGCGACGAGACUGAUAAAGAGGCGAAGGUGGAUCAAUAG